AUGAAACAUGGUGUAUCCUCUUCUUCUUUCAAGAAAUCUCACAAAACAACAACAAAAAUAUCUCUAAACUCUCUACCAGAAGAACUUCUUGUAGAGAUCUCUUCACGUGUUGCAGCUUCCUCUUUUUCUGAUGUUCACAAUCUCCAACUAGUCUCAAAAACGUUUCAAAAUUAUUGCAACGAUGGAUACGUUUUUCAACGAGUCUCCUUCCAUGGAAUUCCUCUUUUCCCAUGGCAUCGUCGCAACCGUGAAAAGUUUUCUAAAUUUUUCAAGAGAUGUCUAAGAAAUGGAAACCCGGAGGCUUUAUAUCGUAAAGGACUCAUCGAUUACUUUCAUCUAGAUAGUGCUAAAGAACAAGGACAUGGAGGAGGAAUCGAAUAUCUAGCCAGAGCUGCAGAGAAAGGUAAUCAAGAAGCACGAUAUGUCUAUGGAAUCAUCUUAAUCUGUCUUGGAGGUAAAACAAAACAAAAGGGUUUCAAGAUAUUGUCUUCUUUAAUAAAGCCUUUAAUGUCAAGUACCGUGAAGGAGGUAGCAACGCUUCGAAAAAUUAACCGAGAUAUCAUUUUGUGGCGUGGCGGACCGAUGAUGAGACAGCUCAAAGGAAGCUACGUUCGAGAGAAAUGCAAUUGCGAUGGUCGAACCGAGAUGUUCUUAGCGAAGAGUUGUGUUUCCAACGGUUUUGAUGAAGACAGCAACAUAAUUACUUCUUCUUCUUCUUCUUCGUCUUCUUCAUUUUGUGAGAUUUGUUUGUGGCACCAUGAAGUCCAUCUUUUCUUGAAGAAUGAUUGA